GAUAGAUUGGUAAGAAAAUUACUUCACUUGUCCCAUAAGCAACAACCUUCCUAUUGCUAGAGCCUAUAGGCAUUAGGCCUAAACCCCCUAAAACCCACUGGUUCUUCUUUCUUCGUCUUCUUCUCCUUCUUCUUCCUCCUCCUCUUUCUUUUCUUUAAACCUUUAUAUACAUCAUUAGGAGCCAUCAUUAUCACAUUAUCAUCAUCAUGCGAAUGAGAGAAAUAGGAAAGUGUUUUGUGGUUAUACUGGCCGUGAUGAUGAUACAAAUAGUGAGCUGGGUUGAUGCAGCAAGCAGGCCUAUUGCUUCCAGUCACGUUUCUUUUUAUCCAGAGAUAAGAAGCCCACAAGCUGCAGAACACAACUCAAAUAGGCCCUUAUUGAAGCCGAGUGAGGACAGAGAGAUAGAAGAAAUAGAGAAAGGAAGAAGAAUAGGAUCAAAGCCACCAAGUUGUGAGAAGAAAUGCUACGGAUGUGAGCCAUGUGAAGCCAUCCAAGUCCCAACCGUUUCUUCAAUUCCUCACCUCUCUCCUCAUUAUGCUAAUUACCAGCCUGAGGGUUGGAGAUGCCAUUGUGCCCCUUAA